GGGGCUGAGUCACGUGGUCUGCCCAUGAAAACGCCCCGGUCUCACGGUGUGGGUGUCGUCCUGACUUUAAAAAGUGUUUAGAACUAGCUGUAGAUUACAACCAGUCUAGAGAAAGAGAGGGAGAGGAACUAGAGAGAAGGGUUGCUUAGGAUAUUUGACAACCACCCUGAACAUUGAUUGCAAACUAAGGUGCUGGUAUAGCCGAGUCUUUAGGGAAGGGAACGUAGAUACAAGUCUCUCUUGAAGCAAGAAAUUCAAGUUUAUGGAGUUACUACUGACAAACUCAUCAGUUCAAAUGCAACUUUAAACACUAAACUGUGUAGCAACGUUGGCAGAUGUUAUAAAGGAAUUGCAAACUUGAACAGAUAUUCCAUAGUUGUAAAUUAAAACCCAAAUCCUGAAGAUGUUGUACAGAUUCUGUGACAUUCCACAAGUUUCUAUUGCAGUUGUGUCAAUGUCAAUUUGUUUCGUUUUAUCCCUGUCCUCACCCAUUCAAGACGCCACAGAGAACGACAAAAGGUUGUGCCCUGAAGGCUGGCUGCGCUAUGAAAAGUUCUGCGUUGCCAAAGGAAUUGGCUCAUCUGACAGAGCUGUAGCUAUCUAUUGCGAACGGUUUGGAGGGAUAGGCAUUAAAGGGCUCUGUAUAAUACGAGCGCAGACAGGGGAUUCUACGAGUGACCAGCAGUCAGCUGACACUCUCGGUCAUGAGUCAGACAUUGACCACCAGCAGAGAACAGACAAUCUACUGCUUAACUGGUCACUCCUAGGGGAUAAAGCCAGAGGUGACGCUUCUGACGAAGACAACGUGGAUGAGGACAAUAAAGUGGCACAGUUGACUCAGUCCUUAUUGGAUCAAGACAUGCCGGAGGACACAGGGGCGUGUCCUAGAGGCUGGACCCAUUAUGGAACUUUAUGUGUGUAUAAACCUUGGAGCGUGCAGGAAAGAUGUCACUCAAUGAAUGCCAUCGAGUUUAACGGGCUCUGCUUAAAACAUGCAGACACAAGUUUUGUAGCCAGAUACAAAGACGGACCAUUAUUACAAAAAGUGAAAAGGAUAUGUUGCUGCGCAAGCGUCAGAGGCAAACCCAAUAAUUAUGGUUGCUAAAUUGAAAUGGGGGUGAGCCAUAGUUUGUUUCCAGGAGAGCCCUUGAUGAUAACCAAGCGUUGUAGAGAACAAAGAUGGGAAACAAGGACACAUCACAAACAAAGAUGGGAAACAAGGACACAUCACAAACAAAGAUGGGAAACAAGGACACAUCACAAACAAAGAUGGGAAACAAGGACACAUCACAAACAAAGAUGGGAAACAAGGACACAUCACAAACAAAAUGGAAAGACUACAUAGUUUUUAAAGAAACUUAUUAGUAAACUAAUUAAUGAUGUUAAUUGAUUAUAACUAGAACUGCUAAAAGUUAGCUGUUAAAACUUAACUGUUAAUAUAAUUUUAAGCUGUCUUUCUGUAUGUAUUUGUGUGUUAUUUAUAUAGAAAUCAAUCAAAACCAUUGUGAAGGUCAUAUGAUGUGUUCGGAUCCCCUGCUGGAGAAUACUGUGGGAAAUUCUUGUUUUUCAACUUGUAUUUCAUACAUUUAAAACAUUAGCAUUACAACAUUAGCAUUAAGCGAAUUGGAACAAGAGUGUAAUGAUGUUAAAUUGCAGCCUAACUUAAUGUGCUCAGAAAUUCAAUCAAUCCAGUUUUCCAGCUUCAAUUCUGAUUAUAAUUAAACAAAUGAGUAAACUUAAUUAACAAGUAAAAAAAUAUACAUUUAUAUCAAGAUUUACUGAUUGAUAUAUAUUACAUUUGAAUUACUAGUUUCAAAAAUUGGAGUUGACAAACUUGCAACUGGCUGAAUUACAUUUUAAACUAUUUAAAAUAAGGAUGUGUACAUAUUGAUACUUGGAAGAUCUAAAAUUUUAUGAUACAAAAAAAAAUGAAAGAAAUAUGUGGCAAUAGCCCGGACAGCGCUCUACAAGUCAUUACCGUCAGUAUUUCUUUGUAAAUCAGACUCACCUUAUUGAUGUAUUGAUGGAGUGAAGCAAAGUGGUUAGAUCUAAAGAGUUCUGUGUUUGGUUAUAUCUGUGUUUGGUUAUGUUCAAGUGAUAUCUUGGGAAUAAAUACAAUGCCAAAAUAGA